UUUUAACCCCCUAAUUAUUAAAAUGGCGGCCUCGGACAAAAGAAAAGAUUUUAUGGCUGAAGACUACGAGCCAGUUAAUAUUGACAAGUGGGACGGGAAUGCUGUCAAAAACAGUAUAGAUGACAACAUUAAAAAUUUAUUAAAGAAGGAAUAUAAUUACACCGAAGACUUCACCUUAGUUGAUCAGCGACUGAUUCUGUGUACUGUUGCUUGCCUUCUCUCCCUCUUUGCAGUAGUGUAUGACUAUUUCUAUCCAUUUCCAUCGUCGAAAUAUGUACUAGCUAGCUGCUCAAUUUCUUAUUUUGUAGUUUCUGGCCUAUUGACAUUGUUCAGUUCAUACAGGGAAAAGAAUAUAUUCAUGACUGGAGUGCAGAGAGGAAUAGCAGGAUUGGGUCCAAAUGAUUACAUAUAUGUCUCUUCCUCACUGCCCAAGUACAAUCACAUGUACACGCUCCAGUUUAAAUUUAUUGACGGGAAAAAUAAUAGAGAGACCACCAAAAGCAUUGAAAGGUAAGAGGAAUAAUCAUUUCUA